AUCAUUCAUCAAAUUAUAUAUUUUUUAGAAGCUAUAGUUUGUAGCAGAAAGAAUAGAUAUCAAUACAUAAUCUGGUGCUAAUGAUUUUUUAACGACAUAAAGUUAUUGAUGACAGUGAUUACAUUUUCUAUUUAAAUAAACAAAUAUUCAAGACUACGUAAAAGUAUGGAUAAUAUGGAAAGGAGGAAAUAUUCACAACCACAAAUGCGGCCAAUAGCUAGGAAUUUAAAAAUUCCAGCUCCACCUAAAUUCAUACAAGACAAGCCAGAAUAUGAAAUCAGUGAGAAUUCAAAUCCAACAUUUAAAAGCAAUAUUUUCGUCUUUCAAACUGAGCAUAAAGUUCGCAUUAGUCACUACGAGAAAGGUGUGCAUAUGUUCUAUGUACAGUUAGAGUCAUUAGAUGCUCAGCUUCAGGCAUUGUUGAGCAGAAUCCAAUCUAUAAAAUUGAUCAAUUUAAAAAAUCGUCCGACACAAAUUGGAAUGGCAUGUCUCGCACGGCAUCAGAAGAAAAUUCAUCGAGUAGCAAUUGCGAAAUUCCUUAAUGAUCCGGAUAGCUUUUUAUGCAAUUUUGUAGAUUAUGGAUAUUCAGCAACUGUUAAAUUAGAAAAUCUCUUUUACAUUCCCGACAUCGUUUUGAACCAUCCGACAUUUGCAGUUCAAUUUUCCUUUGCUAAGCUACAAAACGUCACAUUCAAAUGUCCAAUGCAAGAAGUUAAUGCCUAUUUCAAGGAAAUCACUGAGAAUCGACUACUUUCACUUAAAUGUCUUCCAAUUGACGGUCCGCCUUUAUGUCAAUAUUGUGAACUUUACGAUACUGAAAAUAAUAUUUUGGAUGUUUUAAGAAACUACAAUUCAAUGGACAUAAAAGUUCCAGAGCAAGCAAAGUUAAAUAUGAAUAAGGAACUUAUAGUAAAAGUUUGUUAUGUUCAGUCAGUCAAGGAAUUCUAUGUGCAUCUUCAAACAAACGAAAUUACAUUAAAAUAUGACAUGAUGUAUGACGACUUACAAAAGCAAUUACCAACAACUCCAAUAAUCUACAAAUUGCGACGAGAUCAAUAUGUAGGCGUGGUAAUUGAAUCAGAAUGGUACAGAGGCAAAGUUAUAGAAAUAAAUGCAAAUAAGUUUGCACACGUCGAAAUUAUUGAUUUUGGAAUUAUCGAAGAAGUACACAUCAAUGCUAUCCAUUUAUUGCCAAAUAAAUUUAUGGAUAUGCCUGCGUUCGCUUAUCGAUGUUGUUUAGAAGGAUUUGAGACAAAUCGUGAAAUAUCAGAAAAUAUUACGACUCAAUUUGAAAUGUUCUGUAGUGAUGUUCACGAUGAAAGAAGGCUCUUUAGGAUGAAAGUCGAUGGAAAUGAUCCAAAAUUUGGAUAUUUAGCUAAAUUAGAUGAUGUAUCAGCUUCACCGCCAGCAAAUGUCAAUCGUAUCUUAUUAAAAAAUAGCCGUCCAUUAGCAGAAACAAUAACCCUCGAGAAUGCUCGUAAACGUCACAAAGAAACUCAAAAGAAAAAUAUAGACAACAAAAAUUACGUUGCAACGACUCAGGAAGUUCCUAAAGAAGCCAACAAUAAAACAAAUGAAAAGAAUCGCAGCAAUUCACAAAGAGGCCGUGCGAAUCAAGUAGGCUGUCGAGGUGUUAAUCGUUCGAUACCACAAAAUAAUAAUAAUAAUGAUAUUGCAAAUAAUAAACGCCAACGCACACAUUUCGAUAAAUCGAAUGGUGACAAUUCUAAUAAUUCUAUUGCUGGCACUUACUUUAAAACUCAGAAGGAAGCUAGUGUUUGGAAUGACGCAAGGCAACAAAAACCAUCUGAUUGGAAUCAAGCUAAGAAUAUAGCAAAAGAACAGAAUUCAGAUUCUGAUUGGAAUGAUACUGAUAGUUCCUCAAAGAAAAGCCAAAAGUCUUCAAAAAGCUCAAAAAGUAAAGGCAAGAAUGAGAACCAAAUGCAGAACAAUGUUAAGCAAAAAUCACCACCAAAACAUGAGAAAUCACCAAAUAUCAAUAAUGUUAAGCAAAAGUCGCCAGCGCUUGAGGAACCGACACAAAAAGCAGUGGAACCAGUCAAACCGAAACAAAAUGAGAAGCCAAAGGAUAAGCUAAUGAAGUGUGGCUGGGUUUCAACAUUAAUAUCCACAAAUGAAGCUUUUAUACAUUUUGAGGAACACAUUGAUGGCUUAGAAAAGAUUCUUGACGAGCUUUUCGUUUUUUAUGAGGGACAAAAAGGAACCCCUCUAAAAGAACCGAAAACAGGCAUGAUGACUGCUUAUAAGAGUCAAGAUGGAAAUUGGUAUAGGUGUGAAAUUUUAUCAGUUGACGGCGAAUUAUGCAGACUUAGAAAUCGAGAAUAUGGAAAUAUAGAAAGUGUUCAAAAUACAUUCAUUCGAGUGCUUGAUGAUCGAUUCAAAAAGUAUGGUAAGCUAGUUGAAAAGGCAUACUUUAGUAUCAAACCAAAUGAGCCGAAAAUUGACAAUGGAAAGCUUUUGAAGGAAAUGUUAGCCGCAUUUAAUGAAGGCGCAAAAGAACUGAAUUUUAAAAUCAUAAAGAACUUCAAGGACGGAAUGAUAAUUGACCUAUUUGAUCCAGAAACGAAGGAAAAUAUCAUUGAAAAUUUGAUAACAAAAAAGCAAAUGGCAGUUCGUAUUGACGAGAAUGAGUUGAUAAAGAUUUUGAAGAAUAACGUGAAAAAAGAAGAACAGGAACUGAAAGAAAUAGAAGAAAAUGUCUCAAAGAUUUCAGUAAAUAGUAAACAAACUGAGUCUGCGACAAUAACAUAUGACACACAAGAGGAAGGAACUAUAAACACAACUGAAAAUGAUGUAAUACAGACAACAUUAAAAUCGGAUAGAAUCUUAGCAAAAUUAACAGCAUUAACAUCACCAAAUGAUUUCUAUUUGACACGCGUUGACAUGUUGCAGCAUUUCAAUCAGUUUCAUACAGACAUACAAAUUUUGGCACCUGCCUUACAGCCGCUAAUUGAUUUUGAAUGUGGAACAUUUUGCUUAGCGCUACAGCCAUUUGAUAAUCUUUGGUACCGCGCCAAAAUUAUUGAUAGUGACGAGAGUAUUAUUACUGUGCUGUGCAUUGACAAUGGAAAGACAUUUUCAUUGGAUAACAUCUUAAACAUGAAGGCUAUGCCUGAACAGCUGCAACAGAAAUCAAACUUUGGAAUUCCAUGUUCGUUGGGCAUCAAAGUUGAUAGGAAAUGUGAAGAAGAUGCUACACAAUUGAUGCUGAAAAUGGUCGAAAUGGAAUUAGAGUAUAAAAUUGUUCUAGCGACUGAACAGAAAAGCUAUGUUGAAUUGUAUGAUAAUAAUGAGAACAUUGCUGUCUUACUAAUUGAAAAGAACUAUGCACAACCGAUUGAUAUAUUCCCAUCUGGAAGUGGCUAUACAUCCCACAUUAAUUCCAUUAGUGACUUUUUUGUGCAGCUUGAAGUUGAUCAAUUGAAACUUGAUCUCAUUGCCUCAAUUAUGGACGGUGCUAAAGGAAAGUUCAAUAAGGUUGUUGAUCCACAAGUUGGACAAAUCAUUGCAGCUAAAUAUCCAGAAGAUGACGGAUGGUAUCGAUCGAAAAUCGAGUCCAUUGAAAGUGACGGAUUUAUUGUUAAAUUUAUAGAUUAUGGAAAUUCAUGUUCGGUGAAGGAAAUUGGAAUGAUUGAUCAGUCUAUUGCAGAAUUGCCUGCAAUGUCGAAGCAAUGCACUCUAUUUAAGCCAAAAAAUAUAAUUAGUUUUAGUGACGGCGCUGAAAAGGAAUUUAUCAAAAUUACUGCAAAUGGCGAAACAAUUUUACACGUUAAAGUUGUCAAGCCUGGAAAUGUAACGGAAGUCGAAUUGUUUUGUGAGAAUCAAAAUAUUAUCGACACGCUAGCUCCACUAUGUAAACUUGAAAGUGAUAAAUCAAAAGAUAUAAACGAAAUUUGAAUUAUUCUAUAUUGCACAAAAUUAGUGCCUUAACUAUGUGUCUUCCUCGAAUCAUACAUAUAUUCACAAAUUAUACGUUAAUUAAGUUAUACAGUUAUUUUUCUAUACAUAUAUUAUAUGCUAAUUUAUUUUUGACUGCACAAAAAUGAGAUACAUAAACGAAGAAAAAAAAAUUGCAUAUUCCUGUUCGGUCGUAUUCAAUUAACUUAAAAAAAAUGAAAGUGUAAAGAAGAAAUGCAAUAAAUUA